AUGGCCGCAGACGGGAGCCGCGGGGUGCUGGGGCUGUGGCUGCUGGCAGCGGCGGGGCUGUGCGGAGGGGUGGCUGCGGGCAAGUCCCCCAGCUGCCACGAAGUGCGGACUGCGUUCCAGCUGCGGCAGAUCGGGCCCCUCAAGCUGGUCCCCGACGUGCCCACAGCCGAGUCAGAUUUACAGAUCUGUCAACACAGAGCACCAACUUGCUGCACGAAAAAAAUGGAAGAAAGCUACCAGGCAGCUGUUCGAAGGGAGAGGACUCAAAAUAUCCAGGCACUGAACUUUGAACUGAAGUACAUGAUUGUUGGUCACAUCACAGCUUUUCAAGAGGCCUUUGAGUCUUUGCUUCGCUUUGCUGAAAACCGCACAAGUUCCCUGUUUGAGACAGCUUACAGACCUAUGGCAAAAGAAGCAUCAGAGCCUGUUAAAGAACUUUUUACAGACAUCUCUCUCUACAUUCUGGGUGCGGAGACUACAGUGGAAAGUGCAGUAUUACGGUUCUUUGACAGUCUCUUUCCCCUGGUGUAUAGUCGGCUAAUAAACCCAGGAAUUACAGAUUUAUCAGAGGACUAUACAGAGUGUCUACGGCUUACAAGGCAAGACAUAAAUCCUUUUGGACACUAUUCUAAAAACAUGGUUACAGAGCUGUCAAAGUCUCUUUGGGCAAGUAGGAUGCUCAGCCAGGCCCUCAAUCUGGGCAUUGAAGUGAUAAAUACUACUGAACAUGCAGCUCUCACGAAGGAAUGUAGCAAAGCUCUAGUGAAGAUGCAGUAUUGCCCACAUUGCCAGGGCCUGACACUCAUCAGGCCCUGUGUUGGAUAUUGUCUAAAUGUAAUGAGGGGCUGCUUGGCCAGUGUGUCAGAACUGGAUGCACAAUGGAGGGAGUAUAUCUCCACGCUGGAAUAUCUGACUAAUGAAAUGGCUGCCUCACAUGAUGUGGAAAUUGCACUGAUGGGAAUCUGGAACUCCAUCAAUGAAGCCAUCCUGCAUGCACAGUUGAAUGGACCACAGCUCUCUGCUACAGUCGAUAAAGUGUGUGGACAGCCCAAACAGCAAGAAGGGAACCUGUCAUCAGACGAUAUAGUGCCAGUGAAGGAAGCGACUGCUGACACCCAGACAUUCGUGAUGGCUCACGCUAGUCUGAACAAUAGAAGAAGAGAGUUCAUCAAUUACAUGAAGCGAUCCCGAACCUUUUAUGCCUCUAUAGCAGAACGGCUGUGUGAUGGAGACCUGGUGAUGAGAGACAGCUCAACCUGCUGGAAUGGAGAAGAUGUUGUAGAAAGUUACACCAGCAGAGUUGUUGCCAACGGACUGAAAGCACAAAUUAAUAAUCCAGAACUAAAAGUCAGAGGACUGGACCCACUCAUCAGUAAUUUGAUUGACAAACUUCAGCACUUCAAUCGACUGGAUGCUGAGAAGGCAAAAUUAAAACUGGAAAGAUGGGCUUCCCAAGAUGCUGGCAGUGGCGGUGGAAGAAGUGAAGAGUUGGCGUCAAGUGGGGAUUGUGAUGAUGAAGAUGGCUGUCAAGGAUCCGGUGACAGGGUUCACACAGCAGAUAUACUCAAGGACAAGAAAAUCCAUCCAGAAAACAGAAAUGAACCAAAACCAACUGUGAAAAAGAUUGACACCACAACUACUACAAGCACUGUCAAGUCAUCCUCUAAACACAGCAUAACUGGAAAUGGGAGCAGUCCAGCCCUGAGUUCCUCACUUGUUAUUUUAACAGCACUAGCAGUUCUGUGGUAUCAUCCACUGUAGCUGUGUUGCCUUGCAGCCACUGCACAAGCCUUUCCUCUUCACUGUCUUUUAUACCUACAGCCUUACCCAACAGAAAAGGAAUUUAAAUGGCUCUCUAGUUUAUGUGAUAUGUUAGAAUAAAUAUUAAACAAUAUGCUGGAGUUGGCAGAUACCAGGUGUCUUGACUUACAAUGUCUGAAGAUAGGCUUUGACAAAGCCCACCACAAUACAGAGGCAGUGAUGGAAAUACCAAGGGAAUAAUUGAAAACACAGAAAUUGCGUACGUGUAUUACUGAUUUUCUGUUUUGUUUGCUGGAAUAUGACUGGGUGGAUUUGUUUGUUUAUUUUUUUCUGAUAAAUUAUGUAGAUGGUCAGUCUUCACAUUCAAGCCAAUACAUUAUUUUUCCAGUGAACAGCAAAAAAGCUAUGUUUACCGUUGUAAACCAUGUUAAAGUGAAGUACUUGCUCUCCACCAGCCUGAUGAAAUUCCUGAGUGGUCAAGAAGAUCAAAAAGCAUGUUUGAAACUUCCUUUCAUUCUUACAGUUUAGACUGUAGGCAGCAACAUAAGAGCAUAUGGUGUGUCUAAUAUAUCAGUAUAGUGGCCUUAACUAUAGAAAAAAUUUGAACCACUUUGUUUACUGAGGGAUAGAGAUAGUGAGUUUCCUAGCCCCACAAAAUGCCAUUACCAGAUGCUUAAGCAUAUGCUCAAGGCUUAUUGGAUGAAUGUCCAGCAGCAAUGGGAAACAUGAAUAACCAUGUUUUAUCCAGCUGAAUGCAGCUCUGUACAGAUUAAGAAAGAGAUAAUUCAAUGCAAACUCACUUUGUCUAUGUGAUGUUAAAGAGAAACCAACUUAAAUUUCUCAUAAAGGUUCCAGAGAUAUAAAAUAUUGGAACUCCCAUUAGACAGUAACUAGAUUUUUGUGCAUUGUGCAUCUCUGAAAUCAACUGUUUUAUAAACUGUGUAUUAUUUAAUGACAUUUAACAUUUAAAAUUUUGUACCGUGGUAGGUGUAAAUGUAAACUAGUCUGAAAUCUGACGUUGUUUUGCUUCAUCUUGAUUGCUACUAUAGAAAAUGUCAAAAUGGGCAUCACAAUACAAGGCUAUUUUUUUAAAUCAGUGAUGCAUUAACGCAUUUUGACUUUUUGGAUUAAAAAGUACUAUAAUAACUUCUAAUGGGUUAAGAGUAAAUGUGUGUUUUCCAACACCUGUUUACAUUGCCAUUGAAUAUAUAUAUAUAUAUACAACAAACACCACUGUAUGAAUACAGUGUUUAAUGAUAAAUACAUGAAACAUUAGAAUUGUUCUAUUUACUACAUUUCAUAACCAUUUCAACAGUUUAAUGGCUGUUUUCAUGUUGUAGACUUUUAUUAUGUACAGUUUUAUAAGAUGUAAUGUAAAACACUUUCCUUUGAUUUUUUUGUAAAACAUCUCUUUCAUAUCUAGAGUUAUACAGCCACUGACAUAACCCUGUAUCUUAUUAAUCAAACUCAGGCAUUUUAUUGGCAACUUUGAUUAUAAAAGCCUGACUCAGAGAAGGUGCCAUGUGCCAGUAUUACUACUGGACAUCAUUACAUAGGAAGUGGCAGUAAUACAGAACAAGCAUACAUUAAGUGAGCAAAGAUUCAUGACACUUGCAUGUUUUCAGAUAGUAUUAGUGAACAUGUCUAUGUUUUAAUUAUGUUUGCAAAGGUGGGGCUUGAGUGUUGUUUUUAAUUUAGCCUCUUAGAUUGUAUUUACAGACACAAAGCUGCACAAGCAGUGUCUCUGAAGUGGUAGCAGCUUGGUUUUCUAAAAGAUACUUCAAUUUUAAUGUUGAAACAAGGAGAUAAAGUGGGAAAAAUACUAACAUGAAAUAAUUUAUUUUGGAAUUCUGAUUUUUCAAAAUGAUAAGGCUGUUAUUAUCCCUAAGUAGUGCUUUCUGGUCAUACCAGUGAAAAUCAGUUUUCCCCAAAACACUAAAAUAGCUGUCCUGUAUUUCCCAGGAUUUGUGAGCUGCACCAGUCCUAUUGAACCAUAAUUACAAAUACCACUUCUUCUAUUCAUUUUCAGAGCCCUUUGGAAAAGUGGACUUUUACCUGAGGAGGUGUUUAAGUCAUGUCAUUUGUACAGUGAAAGGACACCGUAAUUCCUUGUAGUCUUAAAGGAUCAGUUGUGAUGGCUGCUGUUAGACAGGUUGGUCCCAGUGGACACACACAAAUGUAUAUCAUGUGCAAACACUUGCCACCUGCUCGAGUAACACCAAUCACUGUGGCUUCACUGAAGCAAUUCUUAUCUGUUGCUUGUGAACCUGAUCCCUUAGUUAGUAUUCUCACACUUAAAUUGCUUAGUCAUUGCUCAGGCAAAUGUACCCACAUUUGCACUCAAGUUUCCACCAGAAGUCCUUAGUGAUAGAGGUACAGAUCCAGGGCUGGGGUCUGACACUACCAGAUUUCAGCUGUGCAGCUUGCACUUUUCAAUUCUUCUCACCUGCAGAAAGAGAACUUGAAUACCCAGACUUGUAUGUCUUUUUGAGGUUUCUUCUGUAAGAGGUUUUGUGCUUUUAGCUCAGAGCAGUGAUUGGCUAGCCUAGUAUGCUGCUGGUGCAGAGGAAGUUGCAGAAGCACUGCAAUAAGCAGGUAUAAAAUAACUCAGCAAGGGACUUACUUGUUGUUGCUAAAUGUCAUUAUCUUGCUAAACAAAAACCUCUGGAAAAACAAUUGUUUGAAUUUGGGGUUUGGUUGGCAAAUAUUAGUAUAACAUAACAUUCAUCUAUCAACCUAAACAAGACAACCUUUUAAAGUUUCUGUAACAAAACUAGAACAAGUUCAAACUGGGGAAAUAGAAUCAACCCAUUUCAUGGGAUUCAACCCCAGUAUUUUAAUAGACACAAUUUGUUCCAGACAGAGAGAAGAGACUUCAGAGGACUCCACACCUAUUAAUACAUUUCACACUAACAUACUUUUACACUGUAAGAAGCGUACUGGUCAAACCAGCAUGAAGUAUGUUCAUAAUGUGCAUCAAAAAUGGUGCAGCUUUAAGGGGCAAUGCAGGACAUUUUUACUGAUGGUUUAUGAUUUUAUUUUUUUUUUCCCCUUAGAAUCAGUUGCAUUUACAUACAUUUAAAAAGUGUUUUCCAUCACACAACAAAUCUGUACCAGCAAGGGCAAACCCAACUGGCUGUGUCAGAUAAAGGAAGUUUUUCUAUUCAGAUGAAUAAGAUACUUAUUUUACAAACUCUUACUGUAAUUAUGAUGUAAUUAUGAAAGUCUAAAUUCAAAAUAGUUUUUAACUUGUCUAUGUAAUCUCAGUGUAAAAUAAGGUACUGGUCUAAGAGCAUUGUUGUAGCUUUGCCUAACAGUUAUUAAUUGUAUUUAGCCAUUGCUUUUUGAAUGUUUAUUAUUUUGCUAAGACUUUCUUCUAAUAUUUUGCUGUGCCAGCAUUUGUGAAUACCAGCGUUGGAAAGUAACUGCUGUCAUACAUUUGUGAGUAAAAUAAGUCUAUCAUUUUCUCUU